GUAGUGUAUUUCGCACGUAUUUUGUUCUCGUUAGUUUAUUUUAAGAAAAGAAUCUAAAAAGUAGUGAUCGUAUAAAAAUUGAUGUCGAAAAAUUAGAAAAAUUAAAACACACGAAAAAAUAAAGUUUAACAAAAAAAUAAAUAAAAAAAAAAUUUAUUCUGUUAGAUUCAAAACGAUUUGCAGAUAUUAAACAAGUCUUAAUUUACCCGGGAAUUUUAGAUAAUUUUACAUUAUUACUAAUUUUUUUGUGGCUUUUUUCAACAUUUUGUUUAUUAUUUUAUUACUUUUCUGGAGAAAUAAAAUUUCGGAUUGAAUUAAACUUAUAAAGAAUGUUUUUUUUAUUUUGGAUUGUAUCUACGAAAGUUUAUACAAAAAAAAAUACCCAAUAUAAUUAUAAAUUAAAUUUUAUGAUUCUAUUGUGAAUAAAAAAAAUGGAAUAAGUAUAAUUUGAACAUGUAAAAAAAAUUUACGGAUGAAAGAAGUAAAAUUUAUUCGUACAAAAAAGGAGUAAAUAAAAUUACAAGAAAUAAGAAAAAGAAAUACGCGAAAAUAAUCAAAACAAAAAAGAGAAAGGAAACAGAGUAAAUAGCUUAGAAAAAAUUAUUCAAAUAAAAUAUAAAUAAAAAAAAAGAAAUUAAAAAAAGGAAAUAAAGAAAAUUUAUGAAAAGUAAUCAAAACUAAAAAGGAAAGUGCGGUGUUAAAAAAUAAAAUACUUAACAAAAGAGAGGAGUUAAGUAAGACUUAUGUACUGAUGCAUGACACGGUACAUAAUAAAAUUUCAGUUCUAAAUCUACUGUUCUAAGAAAGAAAAAUCUGGUGUUUACAGCACAUUGUGAAGAUAAACACCCUAAAUUAUUCAUGGGAGAUGUAAAAGAGAGAAUUAUCACAAAGUAUCCUACUUUAUUUCAGUAAUAAAAAAACUUGUGGAAGUUUAAUUACCUUGCAAAUAAUAAAAUUAACUUCAACGUAAUAAUAUUGCGGAUAGAAAACUCUCGGCAAAAAUAUUCACGGGUAUUUCUUUAAAGGUUUCUCAAUGUGCCAAUAGAAAACAAUUUUUGUUUUCUCUCAAAUUUCUUUAUUAACAUUUUUUAAAUUGCUAUAUGUUAUUUUGCAAUUAGUCUUUGUUUUUUAUUAGUGUUGAUGUUUAAUUUGGAUCUUUGAAUCUUGAAUAAUUUAAAAAAAAGCAAAAUUUACUACAAAUACAAAAGAUUUUUGCUUACAUUUUUUAUAAGUCGCCAUAGGGUAUAAAUUAUAUAAUAAAACAUGGGUGAUAUAUCACCAAUUAGGCCGCACGUAAAAACUUCACGUAGCGCAUCAAUAUGUGCAACUGGUUCGGGUGGUAUGGAAGCUGCCAUACAAAGUUUUGGUCCAUCUGGCAGCGGAACACCAGAAAACGGAACGCCCGGAUACAGAAGAAGAAGACCUGCAACUAGAUCACAAAGUGCUAGAAUUGUUGGUGGAAGAUCGGUUAGAAGAAAAGUAACAACCCCACAACAACCAAAUUUAGUUGAACAUAGAACCCAUUGUACAAGUGAACCACGUUUAAAUGAAACGGAAACCCCACCACAAAGAAGAAAAUUAUCACAAAGAAAGCCAAUAAGCCAUCAUCCAGUCAAAAGAGCACCAUUGAUACAAAGAAAAUCAAAUGCGUUUCUUGAUGUUCCAACAAUGAAUAUGCACCAUUUACAGUUAAGUGAUCCAGAAGAUGAUGAUGUAGAUAGGUUACGAACAUUUAGUGCUUCCAAAGGAGGUGUGAUUAAUAGAGGUGAUUCUUUCCGUCGAAGACGUUCACGUAGUAAUAGUUUAGCACCAACGAGUCCAAUGCAUUAUCAUGGACCACCACAACAGCAACAACAAAUAAUUGAUCAAAAUAUAAACGCAAAUCAUAGUGUUGAAUGCUUUCGUGUCCAUAUGCUGGGUGGACCAGGGGUUGGAAAAGCAGCUUUGGUUUCACAAUUUAAAACUUCAGAUUGUAUUAACGCCUACGAUGGACCAGAGGGUGAUGAUGAACGGGAACAAAAUAUAUCAAUUAUAUUAAAUAAUAUUGAAUCAGAAUUACAAUUUGUGAUAGAUAAAAAGGAAACCAAGGAUGAAUUGGAAAAAGCUGAUGCAUAUUUAGUUGUAUACUCAUGUGUAGAUAAAGUAUCAUUUAGUCGAGCCGAAGAAAUUUUAUCACGUUUACAAGACUUAGACUUGAUUCGGACACGACCGGUUAUAUUAAUUGCCAAUAAAAUUGAUUUGGCUAGAUCAAGAGCCGUAUCGGCCCAAGAUGGUAAAUGUCUAGCUUGCACAUUUCGAACAAAAUUUAUUGAGGUUUCAGUGGGCAUAAAUCAUAAUUGCGAUGAACUUUUAGCUGGUACUCUAACACAAAUUCGUUUAAAGAAAGAACAAAAUUUAUUACAGGAUGCCAAAAAAUCUUCUGAUAAAACCAAAGAAGCUGAAAAACUUAUUCAAUCGAAAAAUUAUGAAAAUUCGGGGGAACGUGAAAAUUCACCAGCUCAUUGGUACAAAAGCCGUAGCGUAGUAAGAGCAAGUAUGAAGGCUCGUCAAAUGAUCACAUGGAUAUUUGGUAAGGAGGAUUCAAAAUUUAAACAUUGUGAAAAUUUACAAGUCCUUUGAAAACAUCCACAAUUCGAUAGUAAUAGUGUAAAUUUAAAAAAUGUAAUUAAAAAAUGUAAUAGUAAUGUAAUUAAUAACAAUAAUAGUAGUAAUAAUUUAAAAGCAACAAGAAGAGCAACAACAACAUCAAUCAAAAUUGAAAUAAGAGAUAAUAAUAAAAAAAUAAUACAUAAUAAGAAGAAAAGCAAUAGCAUUAGCGUAUGUAAUGCUGCAUACAUUAUAACAGAACCAAAUUCAUCAAAUAAGUGGUCUUCAAUAACUGGGACCAUUGUAUAAAAAAAAUUAAAAUUAAUUUAUGAAAGCGAUAUUUUAUUUAAAAUGAAAGUAAUAUACCAAAAUUUUUUAUUAUAAGUUAUUUUAAUAUAAAGUGUAUUUUACAAUUUUUUUAAUAUAAAAUAUUAAAAUUUAAUUAAUAUAUAUAUAUUUUCCAAUGUAUGAGACGGAUAAUUAGAACAAUAACAAUUACAUUUAAAUAAUAAAUUAGUAAAAAUAAAAUAAAACAAUAAAUUCUUCAGCCAUAGUUAAUUAUCUAAUUGAAGUUACAGUAUACAUACGAGUAUACGUACAUGUAUGUACAUACAUAAUAAUAUUUGUGAACAAUAAAAUUUUUAAAAAAUUAGGAACAGAGUUGCAAAGCGACCAUGUACACUUUACUGAUGUUACUGAUAAAUUAUAAUAUUGUCUUAAGUUAUUAAAUUUAUUUACAAAAAAAAAUACAAAUAUAAUGUAAUACACAAGUAAAAGUACAUACAUAUACAUACAUAACUACGUGUACAUAGAUACAUAUGUAUUAAUGAAUAAUAAAAUGACUAAUUUCUUGAAAUAUGAUGAAGGUUUUUUUAAAUUUAAUUUAUUUUUUAGUUAAACGUACUCAUUAAUUUCUGGGCUAAUAUUUUCAGGUUAAGAAAAUUUUUGAAAUUUAGUUUAGAAAAUUUAAAUUUCGAUAUAUUAAUUCCAAAACUGUACAAUAAUAUUCCAAAAUAUCUACCUUAAUCCUGUAUAGUUUAUACAGUAUCAAAGUGCACAUAUUGUAUUUAUUCCAAAACAAGUGCAUAAUUAGAAACCGAAGAUUAAUAAAAUUUAAUUAUAAAAUGUAUCUUAUUUAUCUAAAAGAUUAAUAAAAUGUAUCUUAGUUGAAAUAAAAAACGUUAAGAUAUUUUAUACAUAAAUUUUAAUUAAUGUAUAAUAAAUGUACAAUUCAUACAUAACGUUCAUUUUAGUCAAAUUACCACGGUAUUUAGUAUUUGGUUUUAAUUUUAUGAACUUCAAUUAAAAUUUCGUUUUACUUUACGUUAAUAGCCAACUUCCCUAGUAUAGAAAAAUAAGUUUAAAUAAAUUUAAACGCCUAUAAUCACAUACUUUAUCAUUUUGAACACAUACAUUAUACUUAAAUU